CAAUUUGAUGGUCUCUUCGAUACUGCUCGCAGUAUUUGCGAGUCCUCAACACAUCCGGAUCAGGAUUCCCUACUUGCAGAUAUCCAAUUUUGUCUAGGAGCUAUUGCCAUGGAUGCGAUUGACAAGGAAUGUUCUUUCAAUCUAGUUUCCCAAAUCUGCAAAGAGCUGGGAACCGGGGACGACAGAUUAUACCUCGCCUACGCAGAGCGAGGGAUCCUACGAGUCCAGGACAGACGGUAUGAGGAAGGGGAGGCCGAUCCUAACGACGCACUGCGGACACGCAAAGAUCUCCAGAACUACAUUCCGCGAUCAGGCGAGGCCAAUCUGAGCUGGGCCCUUCUUUUUCAGGACAAGCGUGAAGAGUGCAAUACACUUCUUCUUAAUAGCCUGGCGAGUAGAGAGAAAGCAUUGGGAAAGAAUUAUAGGAAAGAUGUCCGGACUGGUUCUUUAUGCUAUUGGCAACCUCCGGGCUGUGCAAAGCCAGUGGGAGGAAAGUUUCAGUUACUACCGCAGAGCAUGGCACCACAUGCGAGAAACAGUUGUGAUAUGAUCAACGAAUCACUGGAAACUUGGUCGGUUGAUCCAAAUGCGCAUGAGAACGAGAUCGCUCGGACUACUUUCCUCACGGGAAAGCUGUUGUCGGCUAUAGGUAAGAUACAAAAGGCUUCUAUUGCCUUGAGAGUUGUUUGUCGCUUGAGGAAAAAGAUCACCAAGGAGAAUCUGGGUUUAAAUAGUUUGACGAUGGAAGAUUCUGACGAAAUUGUUGCUUUUUGGGCUCGUUGA